UCCUUGGCGCUCUCGCCAUUUUUAAAAGGAGCCCAACGAUCAGCCGUUGCAACUUGCAGCUUGCAGCCGUUGUCCGUGUUGUUGGUGAUCCGUGGUCCGUGGUUGUCUGUCGUAGCGGUACGCCAUUGAUGGAGAUUGUAAAUGUUACAACGCUGGUGCGGUGUGUGACGUGCGACGGAAGGGAGGGCGAUAAAGUGCGCGCGGUAAGAGUAAGGGUAAGGUAAGGGUAAUGCAAACGAUGGUGAAUGCGUAGUGCAUACAAGUGCGCGCGACGUUGGGUGUUGGGUUCAUUCGUUGUGAUUUCAGUCAUUCCCUCAGUGAUUGUGCAGGGUCGACGAAAAGUUGGUACGCGGCGCCGCGAAAAUCCGUGAUCCGUUCGGUUCAUGGGCGUGAUUUAUUCAAUCGUAAAGAGGACUGGUAGAGAUCGGUAGAGAUUCCUGGUACUUGCGCGGUACGCGCGACACAAACGAGAUAUUUAUGAUGUAAACAGUAGAACGCGGACAGAGGAGAAUCUCUCGCGCGUUCGGGGGUAGGCACGGUAGGCUGCCGUUGAGGAUUCGGGGCAAGAAAUCCUCUCGAAAGGCGAGAGCGAGUUACAUAUUCUCGUCCUCUGACAAUCUAAUUGUAAGACAGAAACAAGCAUGUCGAGCGCGCCGCAAAUGUCUAGCGGACUCAGCAAGCUGAAGAAGAAACAUUUUCGGGUGAAACAUCAGAAGGUUAAACUGUUUCGCGCAAACGAGCCGCUACUCAGCGUGUUUAUGUGGGGUGUUAAUCACACGAUAAACGAACUUAGUCACGUUAACAUUCCGGUAAUGCUCUUGCCAGAUGAUUUUAGAGCUUACAGCAAGUUGAAAGUGGAUAAUCAUCUUUUCAACAAAGAAAACAUGCCCUCCCACUUCAAAAUUAAAGAAUACUGUCCGUUAGUCUUUAGAAAUUUGCGAGAGAGAUUUGGAAUAGAUGAUUUGGAUUACAAGGAAUCAAUGACUAGAUGUCGGGUGUUUAAUCCUUCGCGAGCAAAGCAGCAUUCGGAUUUGGUCGAAGGAAUAGGCAGAAGGAUUCGUCAAUUGGUUCAACGCUCCGCUACCACUCCAACGAUUACCCUUUACCCUCCUUCUGCCUCCUCGCACAAUACAAUUUUAAACAAACCACUGCGUAGCUGCAGUUUUAAACCAAAACGCCUGAGAUCGCAGCCAGUACUUGACGAUUCAUCUGGGAAAAGUGGUGCAAAGUUUUAUCAAUCUUACGACAAACUGUUUAUAAUUAAAACAUUGACGAGCGAGGAAGUGGAGAGAAUGCAUUCGUUCUUGAAACAUUAUCAUCCCUAUAUUGUCGAGCGACAUGGAAAGACAUUAUUGCCGCAAUAUCUGGGAAUGUACCGAUUGACCGUUGAUGGCGUCGAGCAUUACGUAGUCGCCAUAAGGAAUGUGUUUUCGAAUCACUUGACAACGCACAAAAAGUUCGACCUAAAAGGAUCGACAGUGGAUCGAGAAGCGUCCGAUAAGGAGAAGGAAAAGGACCUUCCUACUUAUAAGGAUAAUGAUUUCGUUAAGGAGGGCAUGAAGAUUUACAUUGGGGAAGAGGCCAAAGCUAAGCUAAUAGAAACGUUAACCGCCGAUGUAGACUUCUUGACGAGAUUACACUUGAUGGAUUACUCUUUGCUACUUGGCUUGCACGAUUGCGCGCGCGCUGAACAAGAAUCGAGAGAACGUGCGGAAAGAGAGGAUGAUGAGGAUAAUCAUGAAGAGGAAGAUGACAGCGAGUCAGGUAGCGGAUUGGAGUCUCGAGGUCCAAUGGGAGACCGUUUGUGGGGUUGGAGCGGCGUCGGCCAUGCAAUUACUAGCAUGGCAACACCUCCCGAGUCACCACAUGCCGCAUUAAUGCGCGACACCAGUUUACAGUAUGAAGAUGCGAUAAUACCUGAAUUAGAUAUUUAUGCCAUUCCUAGUAAAGAAGGUGCUCCCACAAAGGAGAUUUAUUUCUUGGCCAUAAUAGAUGUGCUCACGCAUUACGGUGUACGUAAACAAGCGGCGAAAGCGGCUAAAACCGUCAAAUAUGGUGCUAAUGUUGACGGUAUAUCCACCUGUGAUCCAGAACAAUAUGGCAAACGAUUCAUAGAGUUCAUGAGUAAAGCCAUAGAGUAAAAGGUUUUCUGCCCAUUAUGUCGUUUUGCUGCAGUUGGAGAUAUCUGCUUUAAACAUUCUAUAUCCUUAAAUACAAUCUGUGCUCCUCCUCCACACGUUGGCAAUAUAUCAGCCUACAAUAUACAAGGAUACAAUGUAUACUGUGUCUCUAAAAAAAAUGGUGUAGCAGAGUUUAUACCUUAUAUAAUUUGGUUUCGAGUUCGCCAUCUGUGUCUUGUUCUUGCGCAUAAAGGCAGUACUUGGCAGAUUUGACUGCAAAAUUGUUUGGAUUUGUCAACUUUCGGAUUCGUUUAUGAAGAUGUAUUUGUGGCUGGAAGAUUGUACCAGUUGGAACCAUUCCAACAGAACGAUGAUUUAUCCAUUUAUCGUUUUGCGAUCGUCGAUAUCUCGGAUUCACUACUGGAAUCUGAUGAGUAGUGAAAUGCAUUAGUGUAUGCAUGUUGAGGUCAGUUUUAAUCUAUUAUUUGGCACAAUGAUAAAAGAAAUGUAGCAUUAUCAAAGAAUAUAAAUUAUUCUUUUACUCAGCCUCUUUAGUUGGAUUCUGCUUAGAUAUACUACCUUUAUUUUUAUAUCUGAUUUGAAUUUGUUAAUAGUUGCAAUUUCAGCCAACGCAAUUGUGGCGGAAUGUGAAGAGAGAGGAGAAUCAGUGCGCGUAGGUCGAAUUGAUUCGGAUUCCGCGAUCUCAGUUUGCGAACUCGAAGGUUCUUCCUUGGAUGUCAUCGGGAUUGGUUCUUUCGCGAUUUUUCCCUGAAUAUCAUUGAGAUUGAUUCUUGUACAAAAAGGCAAUGUCUGCUGGCUGCGAUGGCUUUUGGCAAUUUGAGAAUCAAUGGAUAUUACCAUGACAGGUUCUUCCUUGGACACUAUCGGGAUUGAUUCCUCUGCAAUCUUCGUUGUCGUAUUCAAAGCUAUCGGUGCCAUUAAUACAGCAUUAGCAUCUGACAUAUUUUCAUCAGUGGACAUCAAUAUUUGUUUCAUCAAUUUUAAUUUGUCAUCCUUCUUCCUGAUGUAGCUCUAAAAAUAUUGUAAUGGCCCAAGAUUUUAGAAGAAACAACUGAAUUGUCUUGAAAGAAUAAUAAACACACAUUGUAAAUGUAUAUCUUUGUAAAUUAAAGUAUACCGUUAAUUGUUUAUGCUGUUCAUGCAGUUUCAUAUCCGAUUCAUUGAUCAUUCUGUCAGUUUCUCUUUGUAUCUUUGCAUUGCAUCUCUGUAGUAUUCUUUGUUUGUCUAUGGCGUGUUGUUUGAGCUGUCUGUCUCUAUUUCUCAACUGUACAGAAAUUGUAUUAAUGCGCAAAAAUAACUGAGUACAAGAUUACGUUGCAAAAACAUGUUUACUUUUUGUUGCAUAUUCCUCAUAAUGUCACAAGCGCUAUUCAAUUUAUACAGCAAACUAUCAAUUUGGUUUUGUAAUUUACAAAUACGGUUUUGUAACACAGAGAUCUGAAAUAUUUGUGACAACACACACACAAUAUUAGUAUAUAUUAAAAGGAUGCAUAUUGUUAUAAUAAACAAAUUAGUAGCA